AUGUUUGGCAUCCAGGAGCAUCUGAUACGAGAAGUGAGCGGAUUAAAAGAGAGAAGUCUUGAAGAGAUGGAUCCAAUCCGGUCGUGGGUGCGUAAUGUCGGCGUGGUGGAUGCUAAUUUAGCGGCGCAAAGUGGAGUAGCUUUGUCAAGAGCUCACUUUGAGAAGCAGCCGCCCUCAAAUCUCCGCAAGUCCAACUUCUUCCACUUUGUCCUGGCGCUCUAUGACAGACACGGCCAACCUGUGGAGGUGGAGAGGACUUCGUUUGUGGACUUUGUUGAGCAUGACAAGGAACAGACAGGGGAGAAAACCAACAACGGCACGCACUACAAGCUGCAGCUGCUCUACAGCAACGGGGUCCGCACAGAGCAGGAUCUGUAUGCACGACUUAUUGACUCUGUCACUAAACAGCCAAUAGCGUAUGAGGGACAAAACAAGAAUCCAGAAAUGUGCAGAGUUCUGCUCACACAUGAGGUUAUGUGCAGCCGCUGUUGUGAGAAGAAGAGUUGUGGCAACCGAAACGAGACGCCCUCUGACCCAGUCAUCAUUGACAGGUUUUUCUUGAAGUUUUUCCUGAAAUGCAACCAGAAUUGUCUGAAGACGGCGGGAAACCCAAGGGACAUGAGGAGAUUUCAGGUGGUCUUGUCCAGCACUGUGAGUGUAGACGGUCACAUCCUGGCAGUGUCAGACAACAUGUUCGUCCACAACAACUCGAAACACGGCCGGAGGGCCCGUAAGUUGGAGCCAGGCGAGUCUGCGGAGAAUUCAAUGGAAUAUGCAGCCACCCCCUGCAUCAAAGCCAUCAGUCCCAGUGAGGGCUGGACCACCGGCGGGGCGAUGGUCAUCGUCAUCGGGGAGAACUUCUUUGACGGGCUGCAGGUGGUGUUUGGCAGCAUGCUCGUGUGGAGUGAGCUGAUCACGCCGCACGCUAUCCGUGUCCAGACUCCUCCUCGACACAUCCCAGGGGUCGUUGAGGUCACACUGUCUUAUAAAUCCAAACAGUUCUGCAAGGGAGCACCUGGACGCUUCAUCUACACAGCCCUAAAUGAGCCAACUAUAGAUUACGGUUUCCAGCGCCUUCAAAAGGUCAUUCCUCGACAUCCUGGUGAUCCAGACAAACUAGCCAAGGAGAUCCUCCUGAAGAGAGCAGCAGAUCUUGUAGAGGCCCUGUACGGAAAUCCACACAGUAAUCAGGACAUGCUGCUGAAGCGUGCCGCGGACAUCGCCGAGGCGCUCUACAGUGUUCCCCGUCCUCACAGCCAGCUGCAGGCGCUGCCCAGCUCCCCGGCCCACGGCAGCGUCAUGGGCCUGGGCUCCUAUCCUUCUCAGUUAGGCGUCAGCAUUGGAGAUCACGGGCAAAGCAGCCAAGGUUACAUUAGAAAUUCCAGCAGCUUGUCUCCAAGGGGUUACCCAUCAGCCUCCACCCCUCAGCAGUCAGGCUAUGGCGGCGGAGGGAUGACCGGAGGCUAUGGGACGGUUCCCAUGACCAGUCUAGGAGUGCCUGGCUCUCCUGGUUUCAGCAGUGCCUCCCCCACAGGCUCUCCCUACAUAAUGCCCUCCAGCCCCACUAUACCAGGAAGCUCCAGCUCUUCAUCGUCUCUCUUGCCUUUCUCCUCCUUCCCGUCUGCUGCUAAACAGAAGAGUGCUUUUGCUCCCGUCCUCAGGCCCCAGGGCUCCCCCUCCCCUGCCUGCCCCGCCUCAGGGGGGAACAGCUUCAGAGCGAUGACGGGCCUGGUUGUUCCCUUGAUGUAGCAAAGCACCCUCCCAAAUCUACCCCAGACCACUGCUUCACUUAGCCCAUCUUUUGGCAUAAAGAGGGAAGGGAGAAAGGAGAAUUGAUCCAUGUAUAACUGUCCCUCCGCAGCCUCCCCCUGCCAUUUCUUAGUCCCUUCUCCAUCCAGCUGGAUUAACGGGACGAGGUACAAAAUGUCCAAAGACCAGCCAUCGACUCCAGAGGCCGAGCACAUUAACUAGAGACAAAGCUCCUUAGCUGGCAGCCGGACCAUGUAUGUGUGUAUCAUGAAGCAUCUGCAUUUUGAAAGGGAACAAAAGGAAAACUCAAGCAUCAACAGCUUCUGUAUUUACCUCUGGCCCGCUGUCACAUGCAGCAUCUGAUUUUUUCCAACAACCUCGGCCAGAGACGUACAGGACGCGCUGUGAGAGCACUGACGGACUAUUCUGAUGUAAUGUUGCAGCUCCAAGAAGCAGGGUGCUAUUUGUCUGUGUAUGGACACCUGAAAUGGCAUGUGUGUACACUGUCUGUGAGUUAGCGAGAGGUUUCUUUGUAGUAGACGUUUUGAAGACAAUUUACAUUCCAGAAAAAUAGACCCUUUAUUUUUUGUUUCUGAUCUCUACGGUUUUACAAGGGAGAACUCUUUGUCUCAAGGGUUAUUACUAAAGGAAUUCAUAUAUUGAUUUAUUUAAGAACAAGCAAUUUAACUUAUUAUAGGUAGUUUAGGGAAUAAUAUAAACGUGUUUUUAUAAAGUGGUCUUUUUCCAAAUGAAGUUCUCACCAACUGCUAAUUAAUUUGCUAAAUUAUCAUUUUGAAUUGAUUCUGUGGUGGAGAAAAUAAACUCUGACACACUUUCUUGGAAUAAAAACGUCUUCUUCUUGCACAACAACAUCUAAAUGUUAUGCCCAGAUCUAAAGAAGGUUAUUGUCCUUGUGUAAAGGAAACAUGUUAUAGUUAGCCUUAUCCUUUUUUAUUUCACUUAUAAUGCAUGCUUUGUCACACCGAUGCCCUGAUAUUAUUUCAAUCCACUUUCUUUAUUUAUAUUUUCACAACUCAUAGAUUUUACUGUUUCAUUUGAAAUGUCUCAACCCAGUACAUGUCUCUAGUCUCUAUGCAGUACAGUAAAUAAAAGCACAAACUGCUCAAAAGUAUUAGGUGUUCAUUAAUCCAUACCAUGCUGGUCUUACUCAUUCAUUUCUGUCAUCAAAACACAAACUUCAUUCUCAGGACGUGAAAACAAAGAGUGGAUGACAUUUGCAAAUUUGUUUUUAGAGUUUGGUUAAUUUUAUUUAUUUAAAAAAAUAUUAGCAAUUUAUUAUUAUGUUUUUUGAAGCCAUCUUUCUCUGAAACGGUACAAAAAAUGGUUCAAACGUGAUUUGUAUAUCUU